AACUGGCGAACUGCAGAAACAGACAGUUUGUAGUGCUCGUAGUUUCCGCCACUUUUGUGUUCUGACGGAAAAAACCCACCGUCCUGCCGCCAUUUUCCCUUGCUUUAGAGAAGAAAAAAGGGGAAGAAGAAGAAGAAAGAGACAAAAUGGAGAGUUUGGCACUCUACUCUCCAUCUCUAGCCGUCACUUCCUUCUCUAACCACGCAUUCCGAUCCCGCUCCUCCGUUUUCCUCGCCUUCAAAUCCGCCGUCACAACAACCGCCUCCCUCCGCCACGUCUCCUCACCCGGAUUCGUUCUUCCCACUCCCAAACCUUCCCUCUUCUUCAACCCACUCUCCAAACCCAAAUCCCCUCCACCCAUUUUCCUAGCUUCCUCAUCCGGUGGGGAUACAGUAUCUACCGUCCAAAUCCCUGAACCCCAAGGUGCAAAGCUCAUUCCUUUGCUGCAAUCCGUUUCCAUCGGGCUUCUUCUCCGUUUCGCCGUCCCGAAGCCUCCGGAUGUUUCCGCACAGGCAUGGCAAUUGCUCGCCAUUUUCGUCUCCACCAUUGCCGGCCUUGUUCUCCGCCCUUUGCCGGUCGGAGCUUGGGCUUUUCUCGGGCUUACAACCUCAGUCCUAACGAAAACCUUGUCAUUCUCCUCGGCAUUUGGAGCAUUCACGAAUGAAGUCAUUUGGCUGAUAGUGAUUUCUUUCUUCUUUGCCCGUGGAUUCGUGAAGACUGGGCUGGGAGAUAGAAUUGCCACUUACUUUGUGAAGUGGUUGGGGAAGAGUACCUUAGGGUUGUCUUAUGGGUUGACCCUUAGCGAGGCAUUGAUUGCUCCGGCAAUGCCUAGCACCACUGCCCGUGCAGGGGGUAUUUUCUUGCCUAUUAUUAAAUCACUUUCGUUAUCAUCAGGGAGUGAGCCUGGGAAUCCUUCCUCGAAGAAGUUGGGGUCCUACUUGGUCCAGUCUCAGUUGCAGUCUUCUGCACACUCCAGUGCCCUUUUUCUGACAGCUGCUGCUCAAAAUUUACUGUGCCUCAAACUAGCUGAGGGGCUUGGUGUGGUGAUAUCAAACCCAUGGAUUACUUGGUUCAAGGCUGCUAGUUUACCUGCAAUUGUUUCUCUCCUGGCUACUCCAUUCAUUUUAUACAAGUUAUAUCCUCCCGAGAUCAAAGAUACACCAGAUGCCCCUGCACUGGCAGCAAAAAAAUUGGAUCUUAUGGGUCCUGUUACUGGAAACGAAUGGGCCAUGAUUGGAACAAUGCUUCUUGCUGUCUCUUUGUGGGUUUUUGGGGAUGCAGUAGGAGUAUCAAGUGUUGCUGCUGCAAUGCUUGGCCUAUCGAUUCUCUUGUUGUCAGGAGUGCUUAAUUGGGAUGACUGCUUAGCUGAAACGUCUGCUUGGGACACUCUUUCCUGGUUUGCCGUUCUAGUUGGGAUGGCGGGCCAGCUGACUAACCUGGGGAUAAUUAGUUGGAUGUCAAACUGCGUGGCAAAGGCUCUUCAAUCUUUAUCGCUGAGCUGGCCGGCUGCGUUUGCCAUACUUCAAGCCUCUUACUUCUGUAUCCACUACAUGUUUGCUAGCCAAACAGGCCAUGUGGGUGCCUUAUACUCAGCUUUCUUUGCCAUGAACUUAGCCUCAGGAGUGCCUGGCAUCUUAGCAGCGUUGGGUUUGGCUUAUAAUACAAACCUAUUCGGUGCUUUGACACAUUAUAGCAGUGGUCAAGCUGCUGUUUACUUUGGAGCUGGGUAUGUAGAUCUUCCAGAUUUGUUCAAAUUUGGAUUCAUAAUGGCUAUUGUCAGUGCAAUUAUCUGGGGAGUUGUGGGCACUUUCUGGUGGAAGUUCUUGGGCCUAUACUGAGAUGGAAUUCAUACAUACUGUCUCUGAGCUUUUCACUUCCAUCAGCAUGGAAGAGGGCACAUUGCAAUUUGCCAUUUGGUCGCCUAAAUUUAGUGUUGGGGGUCCAGUUGUUGGACAAGAUCUGAGGAUGGGAUCUUUGUACAAAUAAUAAUAAUUUAGCAUAUUUAUUCUCUAUAAUUAUGUUCAAUUAUUUUCAUUAAUGCAAUAAUGCAAUGCACAUUUACCAGUCUACCCCCAAUCUAAUAUCAUAUUGCCGCCAUGCCAUGCGUGUUUUCCCAUGUUACUUUUUUUCAUCUCCUCCAAAUUGAAUUGAUUAGGUAUGCCGUAUGCUGUAUAAUAAAGUGAAGG